CCGCCAGUUUCAAGCAAAUAACCAACAGUCGAGGCUAUCGAGUGAAUCCGGAACAGCUUUAACAAAUAUAUAACUCAAAAUGAAGUUCACUCUUUUCUGUGUUGCACUGGCUGCUCUUAUGUCCAUGGGACAGUGUAAUCCGGACUUUCGCCAAAUAAUGCAGCAGUGCAUGGAGACCAACCAAAUGACCGAGGCAGAUCUCAAGGAGUUCAUGGCCAGCGGAAUGCAGAGCAAUGCCAAGGAGAACCUCAAGUGCUACACCAAGUGCCUGAUGGAGAAGCAGGGCCACCUCACCAAUGGCCAGUUCAAUGCCCAGGCUAUGCUCGACAGCCUCAAGAAUGUGCCCCAGUUCAAGGACAAAAUGGACGAGAUUGCCUCGGGAGUGAAUGCCUGCAAGGACAUCAAGGGUAGCAACGAUUGCGACACCGCCUUCAAGGUGACCAUGUGCCUCAAGGAGCACAAGGCCAUUCCCGGACAUCACUAAUGCCCGUUCGCAAUGUUUUUUGGUUCCAAAGUUGCUUAGUUGCAGUUUGUUAAAUAAACUUGUUCAAGUUUAA